UCCACAUGGAACGCAAGCCGCUUGAGUCGCCGCUGGCGACGACUCGUGCUGCCGCCCCGCGCACGCAGUAUGGAUCGAUGCCCACUGUCACGAUGAAGCGCACGAACGCCUGGUUCAAGCGCCAUGCGCUCCCCAUCGCCGUUGGCGCCGCGAUUGCGUUGUCCUUUGGAAUCUGCGUCGUCCAUCACGUCACGUUCGACGCGGCGUCAACGUCGCCUGCGGCCACCACGCAACUCUCGUCGUCGUCGCACUCGUCAGUAUUUGUUGUGGAGACGGGGUUUGCCAGUGGCCACAUGUCCCAACCCAUCGACCACACCCAAUUCCGAACAACGGCUUCUCACGACUACUCUCCCAGCUACAUUGUCGUCGACAGCUCUAAGACGUUUCAAGAUAUAAUAGGGUUUGGUGGGGCGUUCACGGAAGCUUCGGCACUGCAGCUUCAGCGGUUGCCUCAAUCGAAGCAAGACGACAUCAUCCGGCUGUACUUCAGCCAGGCAAGCGACGGCGGAGCGGCCUACUCGCUUGGGCGUGUCCCCAUGAACUCUUGCGAUUUUUCGCCAUCGUCGUACUCGUUCGACGACGUUGAGAACGACACACUGCUGCUGUACUUUGACAUGUCCGUGGCCCACGACACAGACGCCAUGAUUCCGUUCAUUCAACGAGCGCUUCGACUCCGUCCUGACCUGAAGCUUUUCCUGUCACCGUGGAGCCCUCCCGCAUGGAUGAAGCUGCCCGAUGCGUCCGGGAAACACAACAUGCUCGGUUCGGCGCAGCCGUAUGGCCUCAACCCUGCGUACCGGUCGUCGUGGGCGCUUUACUUUUCCAAGUUCAUCUCGGCGUACAAAUCGUACGGCAUUAACUUCUGGGCCCUGACGCCCCAGAAUGAGCCCCAACAGCCGGCCCCGUGGGAAGCUUGCCUCUACGACGAUUCGUACCAGGCCGCAUUCAUCGCCGACUUCCUCGGGCCCACAAUUCGCCGCGACCACCCACACGUAAAAAUCCUCAUCUUCGACCAUAACCGAGGCAACGUCCACUUGUGGGCCCAAGGCGUGUACAACCACAGCAACGUCGAGCCUUACGUCGACGGAGUUGCGUUCCACUGGUACGAUAACACUCGCGAUCUUGACGGCGUACAGAACCACGAGCACGUCAACCAAACGCACCACUUGGACCCGACCAAGUUGCUCCUUGCGACCGAAGCCGCGCACUGCCCCGGCGUCGCGUCGGGGCCACAGGCGUGGGACCGCGGCCUUCGCUACGCGCACGAUAUCCUGCAGGAUCUGAGCCAUCACGCAAGUGGCUGGGUCGACUGGAAUUUGAUCCUGGACCACGAAGGCGGCCCAAACAAACUCGGCAACACGUGCGAUGCCCCGAUCAUCGUACACCCGGACGGCCAAGACUUCACCGUCCAGCCUAUGUACCAUUUCAUCAAGCACUUCUCGGGGUACUUGCCGCCGGGGUCAAAGCGAGUGUACUCGAGCGUGCACGUGUCGUUCGCGUCGAUGGCCACCACGACCGGUGACGUCGGGAGUUUGGAACCGCGGUUUCCCGCUGGAGCGUAUGGGUGCGACCGGUCAAGCCGCCAGCGCAUCGUGCGCACCCCCGACUCAAAGCUUCAAGUGGCCAACUCGAAAUUUUGCAUCGAUGUUGUCCCGGAACCGUGGCUCGGCAAUCGCAUUGAGCUCGUCGAGUGCCAGUACACGUCCAACUCGUGGUCGUUUGACGGUUCCGACAGUACCGUGAAGUUUGCCGUGCCGAGAAAAGCAGGGCGCGACAAGGAGGAUGGGCAAGAGUACGAGUGUCUCACCCACCGCAACGGCGCCCUCGAAGACGGCGGUCGCCUCACACUCGAGCCUUGCACCGAUCUCGCCGCCCAAACUUGGACGUUUGUCGGCGGAGAAGGGACGGGCACUCCCCCCGCACUCGUCAACCCGUCGAGCCAGCACUGUGUCACGGCCGGGUAUGCCUUUGUCCAAGCUGUCGCCUUCGACACUCCACAGCAACAGCGCGUUCUGGUCGUGCUGAAUGAACACCCGACGGAAGACGCGACAUUUGACGUGGUGGAUAAGCAUCCGCACGCAAGGGCCGUCGCGACUGUCGUGCCCAAGGGAUCAAUUCGAACGUUUGUGUGGUCGACGUAGGAGUUGUCGGUCCGUGGCCCGUGCUGCCUGUGGUUUCGUCCGUUUUGUUUUGCCCCCUGUUUCCGUUUUGCCUUGACAAUCGACAGUUUGAUUUGCGCGGAUCCACGUCUGGCAGUGUCGUCUUACGUGGUUGCAAAGGCCCAAGGAAACAACGCCGCCUCUGAUGCAGGACAAAGCGCAUGGCACUUUCGAGAGCGCUACCUCACGGCCGUGGGACAGCCACCAACCCUUGCGGCAAACUCUCGCAAGCGAACGCCGCUCAUCUUGGUGUGUCGCACCGUUGUGUUUCCAUGGCUAGAUUAUGUCAGUGAUGCCCACGACGGUGCGACAUCCAUGGAGGGUGCGUUCGCUUGCGAGAGUUUGUCCCUGGUGCAAUCCAAUACCGCACGCGUGGCACGACACGGCCAACACGUCGCGAGUCUUGAACAGCCUCGCCAUGGCAAAGUAUUUUCCACUCGGAACCGUGAAGAAUCGCAAUGGUUCGUCAUAUCGAGCUCGUUGGCGUUCGUCGAGAGCCAGACGCGCUGGAG